UCUGGUUUUCCGUAGCGUUACGAAAGCCUAAGAAGGUUAGCUAGCUUGCGUGCUAACUUCACAUUUCGGCGUGCUGACAUUGAGGACAACCAGGAUAACCUGCGCUUGUUAUCGCAAUAAAGGUAAAGAAGGAUCCCCAUCAUGGUGUUUGGAAAGCGACUGGCAGACAUCGGCUAUCGGACGUUUUCUGCCUCGAUGAUGCUGCUGACGGUCUACGGAGGCUACAUGUGUGCGAUGCGAGGAUACCGCUACGUGCAGAAACAAAAACAGCUGAAACUGGCAGCAGAAAACCAGGAUCUUGAAGUUAUCAAAGACUGACUGGAGAUGGACUAUUCCUUUUUUUGCACAGAUGUGGACAUUUCAAUUCCUCUCUUUUUUUGUCCGUCGCUAAAUCAUUGAGAUGUUAAUUCCUCUCAGAACAUUUAAGUGAUUUCAUUGUUGACGGUUUUGUGCCCUCACAAGAAAGAUGUUUAUAAAAACUUCAGCAAGAACAUAUUAUUUGCAUCAAUGGCCCGUGUAAAAGGGUUUCAGGAGUAAAAAUGGCUCUAAUUGUUUGUAUUAUAUUAAAUGCCUUUAACCA